AUGGGGCAAAGGGGUAGAACACAUGGACGGGGUGAACCGCCUGUAGCAUCGGCCAUCGAUCAGCAGCAGCAGCCAUUAUCACAACAACAGCAGCAGCAGCAGCAGCUACAGCUGAUGAGUAAUAAGCAAAUAAGGCAGUUCACAACUAGAUCAAGAGCUAAAAGUACAGCAAGUUUUAAAGGGUUGAGAAGAAUGCUUGCUCAUGAUGGUGGCGGGCAAGGAUCUAAUUUGCAAUAUGAUGAACGACAUGCUCCAAUAAAAUGUAAAAGCUCUGAUUCCAUCUCAAGAAAACGUGUGAUUAGUGGAUUAAAUAUGACUGCUUUAUCUAGAGUGAAAUCUAAUCCAAAUUCUAUCGGCGCAGCCGGAAUUAUUAGCCCUAGAGAUAAAGUGAAACAAUAUUAUAAUCAGCAUCAUCAUUAUCUGAAUCAUCAUUCUCAUCCACGUCAGGUAAUCCAUUUGAGAAGUAAGAGUUCUCAUUCUGUGUUGAAUUUAGAAGAUGUUGUUGAGCAAUAUACGAAGAAUAAAGAGGAAAUGGAUAGGAAGAAAAAUGCGGAUGGAAAAGAUAGGAACGAUGACAAAGACUAUGAUGAUUACGAAGAAGAUGAUGAGCUUAAAGAAUAUGAUGGUAUUGGUGAAGAAGAAGAAGAAGAAGAAGAAGAAGAAGAAGGUGGAACUCAACCGGAAACUAUGAAUAAUCUAAGUCCGGAUGAUAAAGUAGAUCAUAUCACUCUCUCUUCUCAAGAGGAAACUUUGAGUUCCAGUAAUUCAACACAUAUCGGUAAUGUCCAAACAAGUGAACUAAAUGGGGAUGAUAGAGGUGAAAUACAGAAGCCAUGUGAUAUACAAACAGCGUUAGUAGCACAUCAUGAUAAAGGUAAGGUUGCUGUUGUUGCUGCCCCUGAAGAGGUAGAAGAAGAAGAUCGUAUUGAUAUUCCUACUUUAGAUAAUGUAGAGACAAGCAAUGUCAAUGAAGAGCAUGCCUCAUUACAUUCCCUGACAAGACAAGGAUCAAAAUUCACAGCCAGCAAAUCCAAUGAUACCAAACCCUCAAAUACUGAUGAUGCUUCUGCCACUAAUGCAACCAAUAAGAGUGCAAACGUUCCGAGUAUAUCCAAGGCAAUUAAUGGCACACAAAAACAACGACAACAUGCCACGCAAGAGAAGCAACUAGACUAUCAUCCAGAACAUGAGGCAAACACAAUGGCGGAACAUUAUAUUCCAACAAUGAUUUUAUCUCAAUCGACAGGGAUGGAAAGGACAUUCCAAGAACCUGCGUCAAUUCAAAAUUCCCUGGCAAAUGAGUUAAAGAGGCCAGGAAGAAAUACAAAUAUAGAGCAACAACAUAUUGUACCAUUACAGUCACAAGAACUACCGGAUCAAGCAUUUGCUCAACAGCCUCUACUACCAAAUACUGAUAGAGUGCCCACUGCCACCAACAAAAACAUUAAUAAUCAAAAUUUACGUCUCAAGCAUUCUGACAUAGGAACUUUAUCAACGGAGAAUAAGGCAGAUACCAGAACGUCACAUUCACGUCAUAAUUCUACAAAUCAACAUGCAUUUUCUACUUCAAUUCCAAGUCUAACAAGUAAUUUGCAAAAUGCUCUUCAACAACAGCCUCAGGGGAGUUAUCAUAAGACUUCAAGGAUACCUAGUAAUAUUUUAGAUGCAACAAAUAAUAACAGUAAUACUAAUAUUCGUUAUCAUUCGGCAUUGAGGAACGAAAAUAUCAAUACCAUUAAUAACAUAGAUAGGAAAAAAAGUAAAUUAAAAGAAAACGGCACUAGUAAUUAUCAUAUUAAUAAUAAUUAUACUACUAAUACUACUACUACUAAUAAUAAUAAUAAUACAAAGUCAGAUUUAUCCGCCUCAUUAAAUAGAAAGACUUCUAGCUCAGUUCUGAAAACUAAUAAUUUCCAAGCAUUUUUAAAAUCGGAUGAUAAUGAUGAUGAUGAUUCCAGAACUCAAAGGAAAUUAUGGUUACAAAGAGAAAGCUCAAUAAUGGAUUUAAAUUUACAGAAUGAUAACAAUAAUCCAGAUUCAAUCUUUAUGGCAAGUAAUAUUGAAGUGAAAAGAGAAUUCGAAAGAAUUACGCAUGAAUAUAUUAAUGUUAAAAGAUUUUCAAAUCCAUUAAAUGAAGCGUUAGCGAAGUUAGAAUCUUUGGAAAAACCGACUAAGCUAACGAGAGGUUCCUCAUCCAGCCCCGCAGCUACUACUAAUAACAAUAAUCCUUCUACCAACAAUAGCGGUACUAAAGACCGAGAUAUACAAUCAAGUUCAUUAUUAUCAAGCUAUCUAAACCCAUCGAAGAAACCAACUGCUGAUGGCUUCCUACCAGGCGAAAUACGAACUUCAAAAUUACAAAGGAUAUUAUCAUCUAUUUGGAGAGAGGAAAGCAUUUCAUUCAAUAGAGAUAUUAAUCCGCUAAACAAAUCUGCAAGCCAUAGUAAUAGUAAUGGUAAUAAUAUUAAUAAUAUGAAGCAAUCACAUACUAAUGUUAAUGGUUACUAUUCAUCUCAAAACCACAGCGGUAGUAAUAAUACUUUGAGGCAUUCAUCCAUAAGGAGUGUUAUGGGGACAUCUGCUACAAAUAUGAAUCAACCAUUGUAUCAACACCAACGUGUGGUCAAUUCUUUGCAGCCGACCACAAGAGCAGUAAAUAGGCGUAUGGAAAAUGUUGUUCAUCACCAGCAACAGAGGUAA